AUGAGCUUGGUUCUCAUGAGAAAGCUCUUUGUUGUGUCUAGUAUACAUUCCAAUCUCCUUCCCCUCUGUGUGGCAACUGAGGAACAGAAAAAUGGCUGCUGCCAAGUUUGGUUCAAAGUUGACAGCAUUGCUUUUCUCUCACAGGCAAAUAACAAACCUGAAAUUGAAGCAGCUCUUUUUCUGGAUUGGAUGAGACUUGAACCACAAUCAUUGGUAUGGCUUCCGGUUUUACAUAGAGUGGCAGCUGCUGAAACUGCCAAACAUCAGGCCAAGUGCAACAUCUGUAAAGAAUGUCCAAUUAUUGGAUUCAGAUACAGAAGCUUAAAGCACUUUAACUAUGAUAUCUGCCAAAGCUGCUUCUUUUCUGGCCGAGUUGCAAAAGGUCAUAAGAUGCACUAUCCAAUGGUGGAAUAUUGUACACCAACUACUUCAGGGGAAGACGUCCGUGACUUUGCCAAGGUAUUAAAAAAUAAAUUCCGAACCAAAAGAUACUUUGCAAAACAUCCAAGAAUGGGUUAUUUGCCUGUGCAAACAGUAUUGGAAGGAGACAACAUGGAAACUCCUGUUACUCUGAUCAACUUCUGGCCAGUAGAUUCUGCGCCUGCUUCGUCCCCUCAGCUUUCACAUGAUGAUACGCAUUCACGCAUUGAGCAUUAUGCUAGCAGGCUAGCAGAAAUGGAGAACACCAAUGGAACAUAUAUGAAUGAUAGCAUUUCUCCUAAUGAGAGCAUAGAUGAUGAGCAUUUGCUAAUCCAGCACUACUGCCAAAGUUUGAACCAGGAAUCACCACUCAGUCAACCUCGAAGUCCUGCUCAGAUUUUAAUUUCUUUAGAAAGUGAAGAAAGAAGUGAGCUUGAGAGAAUUCUUGCAGACUUGGAGGAAGAAAAUAGAAACCUGCAGGCAGAAUUUGACCAGUUGAAGCAGCAACAUGAUCACAAAGGACUAUCUCCACUGCCAUCCCCACCUGAGAUGAUGCCCAUUUCACCACAGAGUCCACGAGAUGCUGAACUCAUUGCAGAAGCCAAGUUGCUCCGUCAACACAAAGGGCGUCUAGAAGCCAGGAUGCAGAUCCUAGAGGAUCACAACAAACAGUUAGAAUCACAGCUACAUAGGUUAAGACAACUAUUGGAACAGCCUCAAGAUGCAAAGGUGAAUUGUACAACCCAGUCUUCCCCUACCUCAGUAGAGAGAUCGGAAAAUAAUCAGCCAAUGCUUCUCCGCGUUGUUGGUAGUCAGACUACAGAUUCUAUGGGUGAGGAGGAUCUACUAAGUCCUCCCCUGGCCACAAGCCCAGGGUUAGAAGAGGUCAUGGAACAGCUUAACAAUUCCUUCCCUAGUACAAGAGGCAACAAUGUAGUUAGCCUUUUCCACAUGGCAGAUGACUUGGGCCAAGCAAUGGAAACCUUAGUGACAGUGAUGACUGACAACAAAUUAGUAGAAUAACAAGUUCUAUUUUACAACUUCAAGCAUAUCCUGCAUGGUUUUUAUAAUAUUCAUAUGACAGAGGAUUAGACUAUAAGAGUUUACAUGAAAACAAAUCUAUAUUUUUGUGAAGGAUAGUGGUACUAUACUGUAGAUUUCAGUAGUUUCUUAAGUCUGUUGUUGUUUUGUUAACAAUGGCAGGUUUUACACAUCUAUGCAAUUGUACAAAACAAAGAAAACUACAUGUAAAAUUUUGACAGCUAAUAACUUGCCAUUUCUUUAUAUGGACACAUUUUGGGUUGUUUAAAAAGAAUUUAUAGCUGUUAUAAAGAAAGAUUGUAAAAAAGGUGUGCUUUAUAAAAAUGUUUAUAUAAAUCCCUAUAAAAACAAAGAAAAAAAAUGAGGCAGUGCAUUUGUUUAGCAUCACUUCAACUUGGUAAUUAUACCCAACAGAUAUUCAUGUUCUGUGUUCUUUUCCUUAAAAUCAAACAGAAUUUCUGCAACACCAAACAGCCUACAUUUCUUCUAGUAUCUGACUAACUCUUGCUUUAAAAUUAUUUUCUAAAACUUCCAGUUGAGAUAGCUUUCCAGAUCCUGAGCAAGUCUUACUAGAACUAUCCAGCUAGUUGGCAAUAAUAUGAAAGAGCACACAUCAUGACAAAUAUCAGAAUUUGCAAAAAUAAGAUAAAUUGGACUCAUAUUCUAAGCUUUUAUUUCCUCUAUACUUCGGCUCUGAAUGUUAAAAGUAAACACAAAAUAGAAAUUGCCUUAUUGAAUAAUACCAGUGGACUUAUGUGUCCUUAUCCUGCCUCCGGCACUGGCCAGCACCUUAAUGUUUCUAAAUAAAAAUAUGAUUUGCUUUCAUGCCCUGUGAUGCCACUUUUUAUCAGAUAUUCUGCAUCUGUGUGUGUAUUGGAAUGAAGAUUUGACUAUAGAUACCAGUUUGUGAUCUGUUUAAUCUUUAGAUUAUUCAUAUUAUUAUUUAAUAUUUCAUGUUUGUAGAGAAAGUAUUGAGUAUUGAAAAUUGCCUAAAUUCUUUAAAACACACAAAGCACUAGUUUUUAUCUUGUAAUGAAUUCCAAGGAGCCACACCAGUUCCACACCAACAUUAAUAAAACUGAAUAGUGUGGCACAAUGGUAAACAUCAACUCUAUCAGUUGCUUAAAGUAGCCACAGUGCUUCGUGAGAAGCUGGUUGUCCAAAAUGAAACCCAGCAAUCCUACUCUACAAGUAAUGCUGCACAAUUAACAAUGACUCAGGAGAGGGAUGAUAAAAAACAGAUGUUAGAAAACAGUCCCUCAGGUUUACUGUUAUAAAAUGUUGAGGUACUAUUAACAAAAGCUUCAUUUCUUUUUUCCCCCCACCAGCCUUUAAUUCCAUUGUCUAAAGACAGAUUUUUACCAUCUAAUAAACUUUAAUACUUUGCAAAUGUUAAAUCUGUUACCUCUUGUAUGGUAUAAUUAAAACACAGGAGAAAAUAUAUUUUAUUUUUUAAUGCUAGUAAGCAUUCAACAUGGGUAGGCAUGGUAUUUCUACCUCACUUUCGUUUUGGUGUGGUGUUGUGUGUAGAGAAGGUAUUCAUUGUCAACUACUUAUCCAUUGUGUAAACUGGUGUUCUUUUAAUACCAAUAUAAAACAAUUAAAAUUUAGUAACUUGCAAAGAAAGUCCAUACAUUUUCAUGCUUUUUUAAAGACUUUGGGCACAAUUCAGUCUAGCAUAAGCACAGUGAUUACCCACAAAUAAAUUAGUCUAGAGUUUUAAACAGCCCUAUUUCCUGCUCUCUCUUUAGUGAGUCCCGUGUGCAUUUCCCUGAGAAAAUAAACUUUCCCUUUCAUUCAGGAGUGUUUUCUUCACUUCUGGGGAUGCACACUAAGAUGAGCAUUAAAAGGGCUCUAUUAUGUCCUAUAUGAAUCCUACUCUUUGUAAGGACCGCACUGAGGCAAUGCUAGACUGAAUCAUAGGCUUCAUUUACAAAUGAAUAUCCUAUAUAUAGAGCCUUUAUGUAAGAUUUUACAGAUUCAAUUAUAGGAUGGGAUUAUUAGUUUCUUUUAUGUCAUAAAUUCUCUUAAAUUUUAAAAGAUUCGAGACUAAUAUAGUGCACAACUAUUUUCAUCAGUGUUAUUUCUUUUUUAGACAUUAGUUUUGAAGUGAGUCUUUUGAAAAUAUUUAAAAGAGUUUAAGAGCUUUAUUGCUGCUUUUAAAGAGUUUCUUUGGAACUAUUUCAUGUUCCUUAUAUCCAUGCACUACUAAACUGUAAAACAUUUUCAGCAUAACCUAAUAUUGUCUGGCAUGUUAUGCCAUUUUCAUGCAGUACUGAUUUAUUACUUGGGUAUCAUUUAUUGUGUUCUAACAUCAACACUGUAACAUUUACUAAUUAUUUUUAUAAAUUUCAGUUUUACUGCAUUUUUCACAACAUAUUGAAUUUUACCAAAUAUAUGCCUUACUUACUGUAUUAUAUACUGCUUUACUCAAUAAAGCACGUAAUUAUGU